CGAAUUCCCAUCUGUGACACAAAGAGGAAGUCGAUUGCUAGCUGAUAAUGUCCACAUCUUGGUUAAAUUGAAAGAGAAACUGAACGACUUUGACGCUAGCUCAUUUACCUGUCGUAUAAUGUCAACUGUAUCUGAAGAGCCAGUGAGCUCUAUUGACAAAUAUAAGAAUGCAGAAGGCGGCUGGAGGCUGCGUCAUGUGAAGGGGGACCUGUUCUCCUGUCGUGAAGAUGAGGUCCUGGCCCAUUGUAUCAGCGAGGACUGUCGCAUGGGGGCUGGCAUCGCUGUCAAAUUCAAGAAACAAUUUAGUGGAGUAGAUGAGCUGAAGAAACAGAAGAAGGUGCCAGGGCAAUGUGCUGUACUGAAAAGAAACAAGCGUUUUGUGUACUACCUGAUUACAAAAGAAAAAUACAGCCACAAACCUACCUAUGACAACCUACGGCAGAGCCUCGAGGACAUGAAGUCUCAUUGCUUACUAAAUGGAGUAACUGGAAUAUCAAUGCCUCGCAUCGGCUGUGGCCUUGAUCGACUGAGUUGGGAUAAAGUGGAGGAGAUGCUUAAGCAGGUAUUCCAGCCCACAGAUAUAAGUAUCACUGUGUAUACUCUCCCUGUAAAACCCACAGGGAAACAAAGUUUCCAUUGAUGUUUUCUGUAAACCAAAGUAAAUCAUGUUUCAGGGACAUUUGUUAUGGUUAUAUUCUCUAUCGCCUUUUGUCAUAGGCUCCAAGCCUGUGUUUUUCAACUCUUAUGACAAUGGGUUUUGUGUGAAAUAAAACUCAGACCAUAUUGUGUUGAUUGACACAGCGUGUAUUUUUAAUUGCCAAGUUUACUCAGCAUACGGAUAUGCACCUGUGCAAAGUUUGCUGAAAUGUUUACUUUCAAAAGUUAAUAAAUGAAAUCACAAAAUGUAGCACUUUACUUUAAGAAUCAUAUCCUUUACUGCCUAAUCUUUAUUUUACCCCUGUGUGUGAUGGUUCUCUGAAAUUACAAGUGCAUAUUUUCAUGUUAAUUAUGAUCCUUUAGUAGAGCUAUUCUCCACCAGAUGGGGGCACCAAUUAUAGUUUUCUCCACAUGGCUUCUGUGGUGUGAUCUAUACAGAUUUGUCAUAUGCUGUAAAUACCCUGUAAUGUACAAGUACCUUACAUGAGCAUGACUUGUGAAAACUAGAUUGUUAUUUUGCAGUAAUAAAAUCAAAUGUGUUGCAUACA